AUGGAAAUGCCACCACAUUCGCUUUCCGAGGAUGUCGAACAAGCAAAUCGCAUGAACUUGUCGAUGGAUGAACUGCCAAGCAUUGCCGGAGAGGGCUUGAUGAAAUGGAACGAGUCAAAUGAGUUGGUGAGUGUCGCCGUUCGUGAAUUCCCUCCUUCACGUCUCGAACGGGAAGACAGUGAUAUUGCUACUGCGACAUGGCCAGUCUGUGCCGUGGAGGUGAGGCCCAAGAAGGGAUUUGGAUCAUUGCAGAACCGCCGCGGUCGAUUCCGGCACAACAGUGACCCCCUGGUGCUCGUGGCGUUGCCCAAGAAUCAGGAGAUGGCGGGUGCGGAAAGGGCAAGCCGCUUGUUUGACCUCAUUUUGUCGGAGCUCCCCGAUCCAGAGAGUAAGCGCCACACCUGCGUCUAA